AUGAAGUUGGUAACGUGUAGCGUACUCACGGAGAAUAUAUACAUAUAUACUUCAGGACGUAAUGUAGACGGCUGUUAAUUUGGAAGCGAACGGCAAAAAGCAAAGGCAAAUUUGAGACUACAUAGGUCACCCAAAGUGAAGUAUACAGCAAGUUGUUUUCAUUAAUUAACUCAGUUGUUCAGUUCAAAAGGACUUGGUAUCGCUAAGCCGCAGGUAAACCGCGUGUUUGGAGCGCACCUCCAACUUUUCUGCGUUUGACCUCCCACUUUUGUCGUGACGUUAUCGUACGGAUGACUCUUAAAAUAUGAAGCGGAGACGCUGAAGUUUUAUGCGGUUCUGUUGUACUUAAAUAGAACAGCACGCUUUCACAUGUCGAACUAAGGAACAACCAAAGAAAAACUAAACUGAAGGUUAUUGCGGCGACGUCCCCGGAUUGUGUUGGAGCAGCCUACUCCAGAUCUACUGAAAUAAAUUAGACUACCGGCGAUUCAGCCUCAGAAAUGAGCGGCGCGAAGAACAAGAUGGAGGACGAGGCGGUGCUGGACAGAGGGGCUUCCUUCCUCAAGCAUGUAUGUGAUGAGGAAGUUGAAGGCCAUCACACCAUCUACAUCGGCGUGCAUGUACCCAAGAGCUACCGGCGGCGGCGGCGGCACCGGCGACGCGGUGCCCCCAAGGAGCGGAGGGAACAGGUGAUGGAGAACACCUCGGACAGGUCGGACGGUGAGAACGCAGAAGAGGCCAGCAGCGGCAUCCUUAAGCCACUCAUUUCUCCAGCGGCCGAGCGCAUCCGCUUCAUCUUGGGAGAGGAGGACGAUGGCCCAGCCCCUCCGCAGCUCUUCACGGAGCUGGACGAGCUCCUGGCUGUGGACGGCCAGGAGAUGGAGUGGAAGGAGACAGCCAGGUGGAUCAAGUUUGAAGAAAAGGUGGAGAAGGGCGGAGAGCGAUGGAGCAAGCCCCACGUGGCCACGCUUUCCUUGCAUAGCCUGUUUGAACUCAGGACCUGUAUAGAGAAGGGCACCAUCAUGCUGGACCUGGAGGCCACCACCCUGCCGCAGGCUGUAGAGAUGAUCACGGACAGCCAGAUAGAGACUGGCCUGUUGAAGGCAGACCUGAAGGACAAGGUCAUGUACACCUUGUUAAGGAAGCACCGUCACCAGACCAAGAAGUCCAACCUGCGCUCCCUGGCUGACAUUGGCAAGACGGUCUCAAGUGCAAGUAGCCCCACCACUGCGCACCGGAAUUUGAUGUCAACCAGCUUGAAUGACAUCUCGGACAAACCAGAGAAGGAUCAGCUGAAGAACAAGUUCAUGAAGAAGUUGCCCAGAGACGCAGAGGCUUCCAACGUACUGGUUGGGGAGGUGGACUUCCUGGACGCCCCAUUCGUGGCUUUCAUCCGGCUGCAGCAGGCCGUCAUGCUGGGUGCACUGACCGAAGUGCCAGUUCCAACCAGGUUUCUGUUCAUUCUUCUUGGCCCAAAAGGCAAAGCCAAGUCAUAUCAUGAAAUCGGCAGAGCGAUCGCCACCCUUAUGUCUGAUGAGGUUUUCCAUGACAUCGCGUACAAAGCCAAGGACAGACAAGACCUUCUGGCUGGCAUAGACGAGUUCUUGGAUGAGGUCAUCGUCCUGCCUCCUGGUGAAUGGGACCCUGCCAUCAGGAUAGAGCCUCCAAAAUCACUCCCCUCAUCAGACAAGAGGAAGAACAUGUAUGCUGGAGGGGACAGCACACAUAUGAAUGGGGACAUGCCCCAUGAAGGUGGACAUGGGGGUGGUGGGCAUGCCAUAGGCGAAGAGCUGAAAAAGACAGGGCGAUUCUGUGGAGGCCUUAUACUUGACAUCAAAAGGAAAGUCCCCUACUUUGCCAGUGACUUCUACGAUGCGUUGCACAUCCAAUCUUUGUCGGCCAUCCUGUUCAUCUAUCUGGGGACGGUCACGAACGCCAUCACGUUCGGGGGCCUGCUUGGGGACGCCACCGACAACAUGCAGGGCGUACUGGAGAGCUUUUUGGGCACGGCUGUCACUGGAGCGGUCUUCUGCCUCCUGGCCGGACAGCCCCUCACCAUCCUGAGCAGCACAGGGCCAGUGCUCGUCUUCGAGAGGCUCCUCUUCAACUUCAGCAGGGACAACCAGUUCGACUACCUGGAGUUCCGGCUCUGGAUCGGCCUGUGGUCGGCCUUCUUCUGCCUUGUGCUGGUGGCGACCGAUGCCAGCUUCCUGGUGCAGUACUUCACCCGCUUCACAGAGGAGGGCUUCUCCUCGCUCAUCAGCUUCAUCUUCAUCUAUGACGCCUUCAAGAAGAUGCUCAGACUGGCCCACUACUACCCAAUCAACUCUGAUUACAAGGCUGACCACGUUACGCUGUACGACUGCAUGUGCAUGGCACCCAGCACAGUAAAUAGCUCAGACGCAUACAACGAUGCAGAUGAAACAUCCAUUGUGUUGGACAACUUAACCGACCUACCCUUCAACACUACCUGGUCCUCGUUGACGAAGAAGGAAUGCCUGAAGUAUGGUGGCAAUCUGGUGGGGAAAGCCUGUGACUUUGUGCCUGACAUCACUCUUAUGUCCUUCAUCCUGUUCUUUGGCACCUAUGCCUGCUCCAUGUGUCUGAAAAAGUUCAAGACCACACCCUUCUUCCCCACCACGGUGAGGAAGCUCAUCAGCGACUUCGCCAUCAUCUUGGCCAUCCUGAUUUUCUGCUGCGUCGAUGCUUUGGUGGGAGUUGACACACCCAAGCUCAUUGUGCCAAGUGAAUUUAAGCCUACGAGCCCACACCGAGGCUGGUUUGUGCCACCGUUCGGUGGGAACCCCUGGUGGGUGUACCUGGCAUCUGCUCUGCCAGCCCUGCUGGUCACCAUCCUGCUCUUCAUGGACCAGCAGAUCACGGCCGUCAUCAUCAAUCGCAAGGAACACAAGCUGAAGAAAGGUGCAGGCUACCACCUGGACCUCUUCUGGGUGGGGGUCCUGAUCGCUGUAUGCUCAUUCAUGGGCCUGCCGUGGUAUGUCGCCGCCACCGUCAUCUCCAUCGCCCACAUUGACAGCCUGAAGAUGGAGACGGAGACCUCAGCUCCUGGAGAGCAGCCUAAGUUUCUGGGGGUCAGGGAGCAGAGGGUGACCGGUGUCUGCGUGUUCCUUCUCACCGGCCUUUCUGUCUUCAUGUCUCCAAUCCUCAAGUUCAUUCCCAUGCCUGUUUUGUAUGGAGUCUUCCUCUACAUGGGCGUGGCCUCACUCAACGGAGUCCAGUUCAUGGACCGCCUGCAACUACUCCUCAUGCCUGCCAAGCACCAGCCGGAUCUGAUCUACCUGCGGCACGUGCCCCUACGCAAGGUGCACCUCUUCACCUUCAUCCAGCUGCUGUGCCUAGCCCUGCUCUGGAUCCUCAAGUCCACCGUGGCUGCCAUCAUCUUUCCGGUCAUGAUCCUGGCUUUGGUUGCAGUGAGGAAGGCCAUGGACUACGUCUUCUCUCAGCAUGACCUCAGUUUCCUGGAUGACGUCAUCCCGGAGAAGGACAAGAAGAAAAAGGAAGAUGAGAAAAAGAAGAAGAAGAAAAGAGGAAGCAUAGACAGUGACGCAGACGAUUCGGACUGCCCCUUCAACGAGACCGUCCCCAGCAUUAAAAUCCCCCUGGACAUGAUGGAGCAGGAGCCUUUCUUGGGGGAGAAAGCCUCCGACAAGGAGAAACCUUUUCAUGAACAAUACACCUCAUGCUGAGAAGCUGCACUGCUGUCAGGACAGCCUGGUGUCAAGUCCAGAGAGACUGUGCCUCAGAUUAAAUGUGCCUCAGAUUAGAAUUAAAAUGGACUCAGACGACGACGACGACGACUACAAAUACUUCUG